GAGCCGCAGCAGACGACAGUGAAGAAGCGUUUCCAGUAUAGCUCCUCCCCCUUUUCAUGUCAAUAUCAAAACUUCCCCAAAAUUGUCUUCUGACACGCAGUUGCCUCCUGUCGUCGCACUGGUUCACGAGCUCGUCUGUUCGCUUCUUUUCCCGACCGAAGUGUAAAGGAACUCAAUGGCACGGAAGAGACGAGCCGCCGCCGCCGCUGCUACUGCUGCCACCAAAGCCGGUGGCAAGAAGGUCAAACAAGAGCCUGUGACGAGCAAACCAAAAGAUGCCUUCACGUCUACCAAAGAGGCCCUGCUGGCCGCGGGGCCACAAGCGAAGGGCAAGAGGAAGAUGGACGAUCACUGCGCACUCCCGAGCUCCACCGAGGUCCACGAAGACUACGACUGUAUGCUCAAUCAGACCAACAUUGGAAACAACAACAACAAGUUUUAUGUCAUUCAAGUCCUCAAAGACCAAAAGUCCUUCUACACGUGGAACAGAUGGGGCCGUGUGGGCGAAAACGGACAAAGCAAACUAAGUCCCUUUGACAAUGUUGCCAAUGCCAUCAAGGACUUUGAAAAAAAGUUCAAAGACAAGACCCAGAACAACUGGAACGAUCGUGAGAAUUUUGUGUCUCACCCACGCAAGUACACCCUUAUAGAGGUGGACGGGGACCAGGAUGCAGAAGUCAAGGUGGAUUCUGUGGACGGGAAAGUGUCGACCCCACGAGAAUAUCUGCCCUGCACACUUGACAAAGCCACACAGAAGCUCAUUGAGCUCAUAUUUAACAACGACAUGUUCAAGGAAGCCAUGGAACACAUGAACCUAGACAUCAAGAAGAUGCCGUUGGGUAAACUCAGCAAGAUGCAGAUUGCUAAAGGCUUCGAGGUUCUGGAGGAGAUUGAGGCGGCUAUGAACCAAAAAAGCAACGCAGCUAAACUGGAAGAGCUGUCAUCCAAGUUCUUCACCACCAUCCCACAUAAUUUUGGGCGCAGGAUUCCGCCCACCAUCAAAACUGCUGAGACUGUGAGAAGUAAAAAAGAGAUGCUCUUGAUAUUGGCCGACAUCGAGAUCGCACAGACCCUGAAAACUGAAACCGAGAAGGCCCAGGAAGGGAAGGUAGAGACUGUUCCUCACCCUCUUGACCAGGACUACACGUCUCUAAAAUGCCAGCUGACUCUGAUGGACAGAAGUACAGAAAUAUUCAAGAUUAUAGAGAAGUAUCUGACGCAAACUGCAUGUGCCUAUAAUAAAACCAAGAUUGUCAAUGUGUGGGAAGUGGAUCGUGAGCUGGAGGGAGAUCGCUUCUUGGAGCACGAGGAGCUGGAGAACCGUCGCCUGCUCUGGCACGGCACCAACAUCGCGGUGGUGGCCGCCAUCCUCAAAAGUGGCCUGAGAAUUAUGCCUCACUCUGGGGGACGUGUUGGUCGUGGGAUCUACUUUGCAUCUGAAAAUGCCAAGUCAGCAGGUUAUGUCCGCACCUCUAAAAACACUGGCGUGAUGUUUCUGAGUGAGGUCGCCCUUGGCAAAGAGUAUACCAUCACUCGAGACAACAGUUCCUUGAAAAAGGCUCCCAAUGGCUUCAACAGUGUGGUGGCACGAGGAUCCUGGGAGCCAGAUCCCACUCAGGACACCUUCAUCACCCUGGAAAAUAAGCAGGUAGCGGUGCCGCAGGGCAAGGCCAUUGCCCAGCCUCAGUACUCCGACAGUCACUUCAGCAACAGUGAGUAUCUCAUCUACCAAGAGAGCCAGUGUCGCCUUCGCUACCUGCUGGAGCUCCACAUGUAGUGCCGAGUCACGGAGAGAUCAAGUCCUUCUACGUACUUUGAUUCAUAAGUCAUUUCUCCUCCUCCUUACUAACGGUUGCAUCGUUCAAAACUGGUGCUUGAUACACUUCACUUUAGGUCUCUAUUUAUUGAGCUGCUCGAUGCCUUUGCUGUCUUCACUGCACUUUUCCCAGAUCCAUAUGCGCCUUCUUGAAGAACGACAGCAUGCCAGUGCAAAUCACUAGUCGCCCUUGAAUGUCAUUGUUGCUCUAUGCAUAGGUUUACAGGCUCCAAUGCACUUUUAAAUGUCUUUUAAUGGCAAAGGUAUAUUAGUGUACACGCUUCUAUUGGAGAGUAAGUGUGAACAUUUGGGGUGGGGAUGUAUUGAAACCGA